AUGCUCAAUAAUCACGACUAUCUGCAGGGUUCUUUGGCGGACGCGGUCCUUAUUCGCAUCAGCAACACCACAAUCAAGGUAGCGUUCUUGGUGUUUAAUCUUCGGCUGUUCAACCCCGUCACGCGCGCGAGAUACAUGAUAUGGGCUGGCAUGGCUAUCGUGGUCACCUUUGGCGUUGUCUUUGUGAUCGUCAAUCUCGUCGCAUGCUCCCCAUGGCCAAGCGAAGGUGGCAAUUGGCUUGCCCCCUCGUUUCUGGAUCGUUGCAAUGGCAUAUCCGUGGAUCUGAUCACUGCCGCCGCUUACAUGAACGUCAUUACCGACUUCUACAUCCUAUUCAUUCCGCUUCUUCAGAUACCGAAACUAGGUCUCUCUCUAAGGAGGAAGAUCGGCAUCAGUAUUAUCUUCUCCACCGGCUUGCUGGCUGCUGGUGCUGGUUCGACGAACCUGAUCAUCCGCUCCAAUAAGAAGGUUUUCGACCGAUCAGACUUUACUUGGACGAUAGUUCCCGUCUAUAUUACGAGUAUCGUUGAGCUCAACGUGGGUCUCAUCUGCCAUUCGAUGCCCGUCGUGUCCAUCCUGUUUGUCGGCCGCUUCACGAACUUCAGCAAGUCUGUAAGCUCCUGGGUUAGGGAACGCCGCAGUCCCCGCCACAGUCCCCGCCACAGUGCAGGCGAGAGCUCUCCGAAUCUUGCACCGGAAGACGGCGAUGUGACGCCGCAGAUUUCGCCCAUAAUGAACGACGCAAAUUUGUCGGGGAUGCGUAAGUUCAUCCGUAAUCUCUAUCGCUCUGGGGCGCGAAGCUCGGCGCGUGGGGAUACGACCUUGGGAACCUUUGACGACCUAACUUCAGCCGAUCUUAGCUACCACCUCCAGCUGAAAACCAUGCAGUCCAAAAGAACCGAGGAGAGCCGUGGGGGCGAUCAUGUAUGA